CUCUCCGCCCGACGGGCGCCGCGGAGGAGGCGGCGGGGCAGCGGGGCGGCGGAGCGGGCCGCGCGCCCGGCGUCAGGCGGCGCCGAGCCGAGCCGGGAGGCGAAGCCGCGGCCCCGCUGAGUCCGCCCCGGGCCUGGGAGAGCAGUAUGGCCGCCAGCCUAUGGAUGGGGGACCUGGAGCCAUACAUGGACGAAAACUUUGUUUCAAGAGCCUUUGCCACCAUGGGAGAGCUUGUACUGAGUGUAAAAAUCAUUCGAAACAGGUUGACAGGAAUUCCUGCAGGCUAUUGCUUUGUAGAAUUUGCAGAUCUGGCUACUGCAGAGAAGUGUUUACACAAAAUCAACGGAAAACCUCUUCCUGGUGCUACACCGGCAAAGCGAUUUAAAUUGAAUUAUGCAACGUAUGGAAAACAGCCCGAUAACAGUCCAGAAUAUUCACUUUUUGUGGGAGACCUGACUGCUGACGUGGAUGAUGGGAUGUUGUAUGAGUUUUUUGUUAAAGUUUAUCCAUCAUGUAGAGGUGGAAAAGUUGUUUUGGACCAGGCAGGAGUAUCCAAAGGUUACGGGUUCGUGAAGUUCACAGAUGAACUGGAGCAGAAGAGGGCUCUGACGGAGUGCCAGGGGGCCGUGGGGCUGGGCUCCAAACCGGUGCGCCUGAGUGUGGCUAUACCGAAAGCUAACCGCAUGAAACCAACGGAGUACAAUCAGAUGUACAACUAUAAUUAUAACCAAUAUUACCAACAGUACCACAGUUACUACGCACAGUGGGGAUACGACCAGAACACGGGCAGCUACAGCUACAGCUACCCCCAGUAUGGCUACACACAGAGCACAAUGCAGACAUAUGAAGAAGUUGGUGAGGAUGCACUGGAAGAUCCAGCACCUCAUUUGGACGUCCAUGAAGCAAAUAAACAGUUUAUGGAGCAGAGUGAAGAGCUCUAUGAUGCCUUGAUGGACUGUCACUGGCAGCCUUUGGACACUGUCUCGUCAGAGAUCCCAGCCAUGUUAUAGCCUCGUUGCUGAGGCACUGCCUGUGUGACGAAUCCUCCGGUGCGCUCUGUUACACUGCAACUGGAUCCUGCAGGAGUGAGGGGUGGCCCCUUUCCCACUCAGGUCUGUUACUGGAAGUACGGGAGGAGUGUGGUGUUCCCAGUACAACACGAGUACCGUGGGGGCAUCGUGAUAACUUCUACUCGUGGUGGAAGUUAGAACUGCAACGGUUUUAUUCCUUUUGUCUUGAAGUGAACUCUUAAUACUACUUGUAAUUUAUAAACUUGCAACAGGAUGGCACAGGGGAAGGACUACUCCAACGAACAAUAAAGAAGUUGGUCUUUUAAUUACCCACUGCUUUUUGGUUCGUGCCCCCCUUUCUGUUUUGCUGCCCAUUUAACUGUCUUUAGUCAUUCGAUGCGACUCUUGUCCAUGUGUUGGCUUGGUUUGGUUUUUAAGAGUCACUGUCAGAUAGCACUAAAACGUCUCAGAAGCUUCCUAGUGACUGGGUGAAGUUGCUGUAAGUUGAGUAUGGGAAGGAAUCAUGCGGAUGAAAGCUUUUGUUCUGCUUAAUCUAAGCCGUGAUCUUGAACUAGCAAGUUUAUAGCUUGGUGUUCCUAAGCAUUUUGGAGAGCAAAGGCAGGAAAGAGUGUUAGAAAACUACUACAGACUGAUGCCUUCUGCUUGAUGCUCUCCAGCAUGUUUGGCUCGGCUCUCCAUCUGUGUGUGAGGAAAGAACUCCCCUCCAGCCAUGCAGUUUAAAACACUCCUACCAGCAACCUUGUUUAAAUGUUACUGUAUGUACGAUGCCUUUUUCAUUGUAGACAGGCCUCGAUGGGCCCUUUAUCAUGUUAAGGUUUCACAGCGUCUUCCACUGUCAGAGUAAAUGUGGUGAAACUGAAGAUCUUGCAGCAAAAACGGGUCAGAGCAAUCCAAUCAAUACAAUGUGCAACAAAUUGUUGCUGACUUGGAAAGCCGUUUUCUACUGAAUGUUGUAUAAGCUGGAUGGACAAGCAAUAUAUUUAAGCAAAUAUUAUGUUGCUUUAGAGGUGAAAGCAAAAAUGAUAGCACUUAUGUACAUGUUAUAAGCCCUUUUCAGGCUUUUGUGCCUUAAACUCUUUGAGAAAUAGGAAGAGAUGAACUACCUGUAAUAAAUGUCUGUCCAAGAAGUAGUUUGGUAACUGAGAUUGCUCAUGCACAGCAUUAAGUUGCCUCCCUCCCCAUAUUGAUGCAGAUUUGCCACAGAAUUUAAAUACUUUCAUAAAGCCUACUUCUGCUACACCUUCGUUUGUUUGUGAUGUGUUUGUUGGUCUGUGGUCAUUCUUAUCAACUGCAAUGGUGGACAUAACUGAAUAUGAGGGUAAUGGUGACGUGCACUGGAUUUAGCAUAUUUCUGGUGUGCUGAGAGGACUCUGCAUUCUCAUCAGCUGGGAACUUUCAUCCCCUGCUGUGCUUCUGACAGCGCAGUGGACUGUAAACAGUGAUCUGACCUUCAUUUGCUGUGUAUUUAAGGAAAUGAAUGCUCCUGGUGUGUGCUGUAGCAUCUCAAGGGCAACGCAGAGGUGGAAGAGAGCUUCUUCCCUUUGAUGAACUGCUCAGCAGUGCUGAAUGCUAAAAAGUGGUAUCGCUCUACUUGAGAAGCUCUUGUUCAGUAGAGUGGCAUUUCAGAGGUGAUGUAAAGGCUUUUAUGUUCUGCUGUUACACGGAUUCUCCAUCACUGCUGAUGUGCUGGAGGAGUUCUACUCUGUACACCCUUCAUUCUCUCUUUUUGGCCUGCCCUCCCUACCCCCCGCAUUUCAGCUUUUAUAAUGCAGCCCUCCUGGUUGAAGACACACUUUAUCAACAGAAAUCUGUGCUGCUGUUGAAGGGCUGCCCAGCACUGCUGUCCUGUUCGGUGUUCCCUAACGCACAGAUAAACCAUACCCACAGAAGCUCUGUUACACACUGCUGACUGACACAGCCCAGUGCUUGCAGGAGCUCCUGGCUACUAUUGCAGCACCUGCAGCAGGGAGGGCACUUUUAUGUGGAACUACAAAGCAGCCUCAUUUGUGGUGUCACCUGCAUUCGUGGUGUUUGGUUUGGAAUCCGGGUUAAAGAGAGUGUGGGAUUUGUUUCUUGUGGCUGGCUAAAGGAAAAGCCCUAAUUAACUUCCAUUUGGUGUAACAUGAGAUGAAAAACAACCACAGCAGCUCCGUGCUGCAGGAUGAAUCCUGCCUUUAUCUUUGUGUGCUGAAGGCAAGAAACCCAAGGCAGGAGGUAUCACAGCUCAGCGGGAUAAUGCAAUGCUCGAACGCUGCAUCAAAACCUGUGGCUUAGCUUCCAGCAUUCUGCCUUUCAGCAGCAACGUUUGCCCGCAGCUACCAAAGGGACCUCAGCGUUCUGAUGUUCGACUGAAACGCAGUAACCCAAUCUGGGCUGUUCUUCAGGAGAUGCUGGAUGGCAAACUGAGCUGCAGAGGCCGAAACCACGCAGUGCCAAGGGGUGCUCCAGGCUGCAGGGCUCUUCUCAGUGCCACGGGAGGAGUGCAGCUGUUUUGUCACAACGGACUCCCACCAUAAGCACUUCAAGGAUGCCACGAUUUGGAACCCAUUGUACUUCCACAGAGUGUACAUAUUCGUCAAUUACACGCGAGAUAAUUAACACAGACACGCCUAUCUCAGGCAGUGACUUAUGAGGUCUGCAGUCUUCUGCUCCAUGGUCUCUUCUCCCGCCUAGUGACCUUUUAGCAUCAUGACAGUCCAACCAACGGCCUCUUACUUCAUCCAGUGCUCCUCCUCACUCCCCCCUAGAUGAACUUCCUUCACGGAGACACGCUCAGGAGGAGAACGCCUAUUAUAGCUUAUGGGUACCAACCGCACGGAGCAGCCGCAGCGAGCGGGAGGAGUCCGAGCCCGAACUACAGCUCCCAGAAUGCACCGCGGGAACACCCGUCCUCAGCAGCCAAUCAGCGUGCGCGCUGCCGCCCUAUAAAGGCCCACGGCGGGCCGUCCUCUGUCUCUCUUUGCGAUGGCGGCGCUGGUGGCCGCGCUGCGGGACAAUCCGCCGCCAUCCGCCCUCCGCCGGGGCCCUCCCGCCUCGUUGGUGCCCGGGGGCUCGGCGGGAUGACGCGGCUCCCUCCGUGGUGUGGGACCUGAGCCGCCGUGGGAGCGCUGUGGAGAUGCUGAGAUGUGGGGAGAUGCUGAGAUGUGGGGAGAUGCUGAGAUGCUGCUCGCGGUGCUGGGCAGGGUUUCUCGCUGUUCGGAGCUCACUGCCUGCCUGCUGAUAGACCCAAGGAACUGCACGCUUAGUGGGAGAGGCUGAGAGCUUCUGAGACCCCGUGGAGGGUUUUGGUUUGCUUUGCUUAAGGCUGAAAUUGUGGAGAAACUGAAGUGGAGUGUGUCAGUGUCCCCUGUUUAAAUGGAAUACAGACCUGAGUGUCUUCAAUCCUAAAGAAGCAGUGGUCUGCACAACCACAUGGUGGCUGCUCUGUGAGUUGGGAGCUCCCCCAGGUGGGAGAGCUGCAGUGGUGCAGCAGUCACUGAGUGCUGUUGGCCAGGGGAGCCUCUGAGGGACACUGCCAGAGCUCCCAUUCAGGUGCUCAGUGAGGAAGAAUGUUCCCUGCUACAGAGUUCUGCCAAAAGAAGAGCUUUCAGGAAUGUCUGGGUAGGAAAUAUUUGGAGUCCAGUACCCAGGUCUGGGGCCUCCAGCACAGAGAGAUGUGCAGCAGAGCCAGAGUGAGUUGGAGAGGCAGCUGAACACGGGGCUGGGUGGUGGCUGCCCUCACUGCAUCAGUGUGUCAGCACACAGUGCUGAGGUUUGGGCACAGCAGAUAUGCCAAUGAGUCCUACAGCUCAUUCUCACCUCUUCAUCUGUUUGGAUGUGUAGCUCCAGGUACACAGUUUCUUAAAGUUUUACUGUUAAGACUUUUCCAUUACAGUAUGUAAGUAAUUUUAUUAUAAAAUAAUGGUAAAAUAUAUUUUACAAAAUGCAA